AUGGAGGUGGAGGAAACUCCACCACUGUUGGAGCGAGAGCUUACAUCACUGGACGCUUCUUACGCACUUUCAAAUGAUGACAUAGCUCUAGAAAAUGGUCUCAGCUACUCCUCAGAUUUGUCAGCUGAGGCGGUUUCCAGUAUUCAGCCUCUUGCAAUUUCUCCACCACCACACCACAUUUCACCAUCGUCGAAUGAAAUAUCUCCACGACGACUUACUCGUACCGCACAUUUGAGCGAAAUGGUAACAGAUGGUAUCUCUUCAUCGUCUUCAAGGUAUCCAUCGUUAACUCUUGGUGGUGCGAUAGGAAUUCGUAAGCCUCGUUCUACAAGUUCUCAAGCAGCGAAUAACAACCUUACGCUUGACCAGCUUAACCCUACACUGGCCGAAGCCCUUGCUGCAAUGAAGGCGAAAAGUGGAGCUGUGUCAAAAUCUUCUGGAAGUGCAGUUUUCACAAGUAAUUCCGAUAGUUUCCCAUGCCGACGUGAUCCGCUGCCGACACGUAUGUCUGGACCAGUCACAUUAGAAAGCUUGGCACCGACAAAUUCUACCUCGCCUGAUGGAAGCGCAUCAACUUCUGGUCAUAUAGUGUCGUUCAAUGGGCAGACUACCGAAGUUCCGGAAGAAAUCCAUUGUCACCUUUGUAACUAUCCUAUGAAGUUGUGUCUUCGUAAAACGAAGUACAAGGGGGAGAUUCGAGAGUACGCUGCUUACAGAUGCCUCCGGAAGGGCUGCCAAACAUUUCGUUCUGUUCGCAAAGUGAUAGAACCUGAUUAUCCUUAUCCUCGCAAGAGAAAGAAUGACGAUUCGUAUGAGGUCUUCGAUGUCUCUAGCCCGAGUACCGGUGCUUCUUCUGCCUCCAACGGAAAUGAUCGCUCAGGUGAAGGGAAUGAUUCUGAUGUGCACUCUAAUGGGACAAUAAUAUAUGUGAAGCAGGAAAUGACAGCAAAACAUAUGGAGAAAAUGCUGGAAUUUGACUUCAAGUAUUUUAAUGAAAAGCCUGCUCCUAUGCACACCAUACCUAAACUGCUGUUCGGUCGCUUAAACAUGUCCGUUUCCGACAUGGACGAGCUCCUUAAAAGCGCCGAAGGUCAAAAGAAGAUCCAGCAGAUCAUAAUGACUUUUCGGCAGCCGUCUCCUCCACGCUGUGUUAUUGAAGCAGCGGAGUUGUGGGAAGCUAUGACUCGACAGGUUCAAUUUCGAGCUCAGUCUGCUUCACAUUCUCUACAACCACAAGCAACUACAUUGUCAACGUCUGCCUGUACACCUGCUGUUGUUUCUGCUUCUUUCGCUCUGGCUUCAGUUACUCCUACACCGUCAACCCAUCGUUCGCCAACGCAAUAUAUGCAGCAGUUACCACCGCCUCCGACUUCGUUACCACCACCACCUCCUCCCCUACCACCACCUCCUCCCCUUCCUCCGCCACCUCCAACAUCAUCACGUACUUCUGCUUUUUAUUCUCAUCAUCAUGGUACCUAUGACCGUAAUUCUAUGUAUGAAUAUGCCACUUGUGGUUUGUCAACUCGGCUAGAGGGAAUUCCUAAUCAUUCAUGUGGAAUAACAAACCAGCAUCACUCCCAUAACGUCAGAAAUCAGCACUAUGCCAGCGAAGUGACCUGGUGA